ACUAGAUCUGUACAUGAUGAAGUGAAAAGUAGAAAAUUGGAAACAGUAAACUUACGGGUUCACCACGUGGUCGAAAAGAAAAGGGCGUGUGAGAUAUUGGCAUCUUUAGUGAAGAAGAAAGCAGAUCGAGAGCAAGAUCUACCGUUGGAUUUGAGCUACAAGCCGAAAGAACGCAAGCAAUUAUCAAAGAAUCCAAUUUUGUCAGAAGACGUUGUACCAUCAGCCAACCCUCAGAAUCCAUUGGGCUUCAAAAGUGAUGGUGAUCUUACUAUAUCGCCUGUGCUCCCCACUUCAUCCUGUCCGUUGCGGAAAAUUCAGGACUCACUGCCUAGGAAAGCAAUAAGUCCUGAUACUACCAGUACUGAAUCGAGAACUGUUUCGCUGUACGAUACAGAUUCCGACCACGACGUCCUUUCCCCUCAAGAAGGCGAUGUUUCCACCAAGGAUCUUCACCCUUCAGGGAACGAUAGUCGUGCCCUGUCAGUUACGACGAGUCACCAACCGAUGCCGAGGAGAAACCGUGAAAGGACUCUUUUGCCCUGUCAAGUGUGCGGUAAAGCAUUCGAUCGUCCAUCGUUGCUGAAACGUCAUAUACGCACGCACACUGGUGAAAAACCGCAUGUGUGCGAUGUUUGCGGAAAAGGGUUUUCCACUUCCAGCUCGUUGAAUACUCAUCGAAGAAUUCAUAGUGGCGAGAAACCACAUCAGUGUCCUAUUUGCGGGAAAAGAUUCACGGCUUCAUCCAACCUUUAUUAUCAUAGGAUGACUCACGUUAAGGAAAAACCUCACAAGUGUACGAUGUGCCACAAGUCGUUCCCAACGCCAGGGGAUCUGAAAUCUCACAUGUACGUCCAUAACGGCAGUUGGCCCUUCCAGUGUCAAAUCUGCAAACGCGGUUUCAGUAAACAGACCAAUUUGCGAAAUCAUCUCUUUCUACAUACUGGGAAAAAACCACACACUUGUUUGCGAUGUGGAAAGUGUUUUGCCUUAGCCUGCAACUUAAGAGCUCACCUGCGAACUCAUCCCGAAUCGAACUCCUGUCAACUCGAUACUAGUGCCGAUCGAGCGGGGAAACAUUCGGAUUCACAAGAUAACACCAAAGUCAAUCCAACAUUCUCAGCUUCCACAGCACAAGAGCCAGCAGAAGAACGUUGCCCCAUACCUCAAUUAAAUCCCCGUCUGGUGGAUCACGUCUUCUUUUGGCAGUCUAUUCAACAACAACUAACCACCGACAUGUUAGUACAACAUCAGCAAAUUCAUGUGAACCCACUGCAUUUUACAUCGUCCUCAUCUCGUCCAUUCAAAUCCUUCAAAUGAUUUCUUCACGAACAAGUCGUAUACCUUACAAUAUAAAUAUGUGUACAUGUCUCGUCUCAAUAAUAAACGUCAAACAAAUAUA